AUGGCACCCAGUCAGACCUCUAAGGAGGCUUCCAAAAAGGAAGGUCCUCCCGAUCUCACAGACUACCAGGAUAAGAUCGACUACACCACAUUCGAGCAGAUCCUUGAAAUGGAUGACGACGAGGAGGAACGGGAUUUCAGCAAGGGAAUUGUAUUUGGGUUCUUUGAGCAAGCAGAAGCCACAUUUGAAAAGAUGGAAAAGGCAUUAGCCAAAAACGAUUUUGACGACCUCUCCCAACUCGGCCAUUUCUUGAAAGGGUCAUCCGCCACCCUCGGCCUAACAAAGGUCAAAGACGCCUGCGAAAAGAUCCAACAUUGCAAGGAGGACCUGCCAGAUGAAAAGGAAGCCUCCGAGCGAGAAAAGGCCAUUGAAGGAAUCAAAAAGACCCUGAAAGAAGUACAGGUUGACUACAAGGAAGUCGCUAAUAUCUUGCGACGAUUCUUUGGGGAGGAGCCUGUUCUUGAUACCCCAGACGAGAAGAAGGAGACAGCAGAAGAGAAAAAGGCUGAAAGUCCUAAGGCAGAGAAGAAGUAA